AUGGUCAUCAACCAAAACCAAGGAGCAUUCAUUCAGAAUAAAUCGAUUGCUCACAGUAUUCUCAUCUUCCAAGACCUUAUAAAAAAUUAUGGUAGGAAGAAUACAUUAGCUAGGUGUGCAAUCAAGAUUGACCUUAGCAAAGCUUAUAAUACUGUAAGUUGGGAUUUUCUUGAAAAGUGGUUAAACUAUUUGUGUUUUCCCUCUCGGUUUGUGAAUUGGAUAAUGCUGUGUAUUAGGAGUACUUCCUAUAAUUUGGUGCUGAAUGGUAGGUUACAAGAGAGUUUUGAAGGAAAGAAGGGGUUGAGACAAGGGGAUGCAAUGUCUCCUCUGUUAUUUGUGCUUGUUAUGGAAUUUUUAACUAGGAGACUUCAUAAAGAGGCUGAAAAAGGGACGUUCAAGUACCACCCUCAAUGUAAAAGUCUGAAUCUUGUCAAUCUCAGUUUUGCUGAUGACCUCAUUUUGUUCAGUAAAGGCACCCAGACUGUAGUGAGACACCUCAAAACUACUCUUGAUGACUUUUGCAAUCAAUUAGGCCUCAGUGUGAACUUGGCUAAAUCUCAGAUUUUCUUUGGUGGGGUGCAACCUUUUGAAAGAAAAAAAAUUGCUCAAGAGAUAGGUCUUGAAGAAGGAAGUGGAAAAACUUUGAAGGAUGUUCUUAUGGGAUCAAAGUGGAAAGAGAAGCAAGAUUCAUACUGCUUCUUGGGACAAGAGCUGUUAGGUGCAAGUUAUCCUUGCCCAAACAUAGAUUUCUCCUCUGGCAGUAGGAAAGCCAUAAGCGUCUUUACUUUGAUUGUUGUUAUUCAAAGAAAAUUGUUGCUGGGAUAUUCAGCUGUGUUGGAUCUAUGGCUGUCGAAUGAAGAUAAUCCAAGAGUAACUUUGAAUAAUCUUGCUUUGAUUGAUCAAAAUGUUAAAGCACUUAUCGAAACUGAUACGUUGGCUUGGGAUGUUGACUUGGUGCAUGAUAUGUUUAAUGAAAGGGAUGCUAACUUGAUUCUUAGUAUUUUCUUGUCUUCAAGUCGUUUAUGUGAUGUUUGGUAUUGGAGUUGGGAGAGCUCGGGCCAUUUCUCAGUAAAAUUAGUUUAUAAGUUCUUACAAUUGAGCAAAGAGUUGGGUGCACAGGAUGAUAAUUCCGUCUUUUGGAAUACUCUUUGGAAGCUAUGUAUUCCUCCAAAAGUGAAAGACUUGUUAUGGCGUGCUGCCACUAACUGUUUGCCUACGAAAUCUAGACUUCGUUCUAGACAUGUGCCUGUUGAUACCAUCUGCCCUGUGUGCAAAGUAACUGAUGAAACCAUCUACCAUUGCUUGGUGGAUUGCUCUUUUGCCAAAGCGUGUUGGCAACAGUUGGCUACUGGUGUUAAUUUGACGGCAGUUGGUUCUUUGCCAACUGGUUUGCUACGGUUCUACAGCAGGCGAAUGGGGAGAAAAAGAGAUUGGACUCGGGCUCAAGAUUCAACAUUUAAUCCUACAGCUGCAUUCCUUACUGAUGUCGAUGAUGCCGAAACUUGGGCCAAACCAGCUGAAACACCUUAA